AUGGUGCUGGAGAACGACACGAGGCAGCUCAUGGGCCGGUUCCUGGCAGACUUUACGGGACUUUCGAAAGCCCAGUGGCACGAAAGCAGAGAGCUGACUACGAUGAAAAGGGUCGUGAAAGACGUUUUGGAGAAGCAUAGAUACGCGUACAAUGGGAUGAUCAACAAAUUGUCAUUGGAUGACAGAAAUGAUGACACCAGCUUUGUUAGAGAAGUAGCCAAGAGCCUCUUUGUGGACGGGACCACAAACUGGGGCCGGAUCGCCAGCCUGGUGGCCUUUGGGGCCGUGGUGUGUCAACACCUGAAGGAGAAGAACUGGGGGAACUGUGUGGAGCUGGUGGGCCAGGAGAUCUCUACGUACCUGCUCUCUGACCAGCGGGACUGGCUGGUCAAAAACAAUGCAUGGGAUGGCUUCGUCGAAUUCUUUCGGGUAGCCGACCCAGAGUCCACAGUGAGGAACACACUCAUGGCCGUCGCUGGAUUUGCUGGCAUUGGGGCUACACUGGCCCUGUUGAUAAGGUGAAUCUUUGGACACUCGGAGACAUUAUUUUCAAUCGGUGGACGACAAGUCCAACCUUUCCUCCUACUUUUUGAAAAUGGACUUUGAUGGACAUACCUUUCCUGGAGACCCGGAUUGUGCUGGUCGUAGUUAAAGAGAGGAGGAGGAGGAGGGAGGGUGAUAUUGUUCC